CAGCAAUCUCUGUAGACAACCGCAAAGUUCACGAGCUGUCGACCGAAGGACCACGCGAAAAUCAGAUCAAACGCCAAUCAGUCCCAAAAAAAUGUGGUCCCUCAUCCGGAAUCGACUCCGGGUAGCCUCGUGCUCGUCCAUCCGCUGGCAGCACACAAUCCCCAAGGAAUUGGAACAGGUCGCCAAAGAAAAGGAUCCCAAGUUCUCCAAAAUGAUCCAGUACUUCUUCCACAAGGCGUGCGUCAAGCUGGAACCCCGUCUCCUGGAGUAUCUGAAGAAGUAUCCCCAGCUCAGCGAAGAAAACCGGAAGAAACGCGUCGAGACAAUUAUCCACCUGGUCGAGGGAGCGGCCAACACAAUCGAGGUACGCUUUCCGGUCAUGCGCGACAAUGGCCAGUACGAGAUUUUGACUGGGUACCGGUCGCACCACUGCGUCCACCGGCUUCCGGUAAAGGGCGGCAUCCGGUACUCGAUGGACGUAACCCGGGACGAGGUGAAAGCCCUCUCGUCGCUGAUGACGUUCAAGUGCUCGUGCGUGCACGUGCCGUUCGGAGGCGCCAAGGGAGGAAUCAAGCUGAACCCGAAGAGCUACAGCGACAAGGAGUUGCAGAGCAUUACCCGGCGGUACACGGCCGAACUGGCCAAGAAGAACUUCAUUGGGCCGGGAAUCGAUGUCCCGGCGCCGGAUAUGGGAACGAGCGAUCGGGAGAUGUCCUGGAUGGCCGACCAGUACAGCAAGACGUUCGGGCACAAGGACAUCAACGCGUUGGCCACGGUCACCGGGAAACCGUUGCAUCAGGGCGGAAUCCGCGGACGGACGGAAGCAACCGGAAGAGGCGUCUUCAUCGCGACGAACUGUUUCGUGAGGGAGAAGGAUUGGAUGAAUGCAAUCGGGCUGGAGCCCGGAAUGGAGGGAAAAACGGUGGUUAUCCAGGGAUACGGUAACGUCGGAAUGUACGCUGGACACUUCUUCAAGCAAGCCGGAUGUAAGGUUAUUGGGAUCAAGGAAGCGGAUGUUUCACUACUGAAUGAAGAGGGCAUCGACGUGGGAGAGCUGGCAAGUUACAAGAGACUGAACAACACCAUCAAGGGGUUCAAGGGAGCCAAGGAGACCAAAGAAGACCUACUGCUACAUCCUUGUGACAUCCUGAUUCCAGCCGCAGUUGAGAAGUCCAUCAAUUCGGAAAACGCUGCCAAAAUCCAAGCGAAGAUCAUUGCAGAAGGGGCCAACGGACCAACGACCCCCGCAGCGGACGCUGUUCUUCAAAGCCGUAAAAUCCUCGUUAUCCCGGACUUGUACUGCAACGCCGGAGGCGUAACCGCCUCCUACUUUGAAUACCUGAAGAACAUCAAUCACAUUUCGUUCGGUAAGCUCUCGUUCCGGCAGGAAUCGCAAAAUUUGCGGGAAGUUCUGCGAUCGGUUGAGGAAUCUCUCAAGGAGGCGGGAGUUUGCGUCAAGCUCAAGCCAACCGACGAGCUGAAACACUAUCUGGACAGCGCCAGCGAAGCGGAUGUCGUGGCCUCGGGGCUUAAGUUCGUGCUGGAAACGGCCGGGCACGGAAUUAUGACCAUUGCCAAUCAGUAUCAGCUGUGCUUGGAUGUGCGAACCGCGGCCUACAUCUGGUCGGUGGAGAAGAUUUUCAAAGCCUACGAAGGGGCAGGGCUGUCGAUGUAAAUGUAGUUGAACGAUUCAUGUUAAUAAAUUGUUUUAUUUAGAUCUCAAA